AUGGCUGGUGAUGAGGAACUCGCUCACGCCCUUUCCGGUGCCGGAGGAGGCGCCUUGUCGAUGAUUGUGACCUAUCCAUUGGUGACAUUGUCGACUUUGGCCCAAACUACUAAGAAGAAGAAGGAAGGCGACGAAAAUGGAGAAAAGGUGCUGUCAACGUCAGCUGCACAGAAAAUUUUGAAGGAAAAGGGCUUUUUGGGAUUGUACUCGGGACUUGAAAGUGCCUUGUACGGGAUUACCUUGUCCAACUUCAUCUACUACUACUUCUACGAGUUCACGUCCAACGUCUUCUUGAGAGCAAACAAGACGGCUGGUAGAAAGGCUCGCGGGUUGUCGACAGUGCAGUCCAUCAUCACUGGUGCCAUCGCUGGUGCCAUUACCGUUGUGGGAACAAACCCAUUUUGGGUCGCCAACACCAGAAUGAUGACCAAGGCAAAGGAACACAACGGCUCUUCGCAGUCUGCCAUGAAGACCAUUUUGGAGAUCAUCGAGACCGAUGGUGUAGGAACGUUGUUUGCUGGCGUCUUUCCAGCGUUAGUCUUGGUCAUCAACCCAAUUAUUCAAUAUACCAUCUUUGAGCAGGUGAAGAAUGUGAUCAUUGCUGGCAACGGUGCUGCCUCAUUCACUGCCAUCAAGGCAUUUUUUAUUGGUGCUUUCGGCAAGUUAGUCGCCACCACGCUUACUUACCCUUACAUCACGUUGAAGUCACGGAUGCAUGUUAAAAAGAAGAAGUUGGAAGACUCAACAACCAAGGAAGUCAAACUUUCCAUGGUACAGGAGAUCAAGAAGAUUGUAACCGAGGAGGGCCUUGAGGGAUUAUACCGUGGAUUGGGCAUCAAGUUGUUCCAGUCGAUCUCGACUGCUGCUUUCUUGUUUUACUUCAAGGAAGAGCUUUUGAGUGGAAGUAUUCAACUUGUAGCCAUCCUCAAGGGCACCAAAUUGAAGAAGCAGCUUAGAGCAUAA